AUGGCCGCCCCCGCCAAAAGACCCGAGAUCAUUGAGAUCGCACGCGAGCUGAAGCAUGUUCCUAUGUGCGAGGACUACGAGAAGAUGAUUUCGGGUAUGAUGUACAACCCGCUCCUCCCCGCGCUAGUCGCAGCCCGGCACCGCUGCCGCGGCGUAGCAAGCGACUACAACAGCGUCGACACGAAGACCGUGCCCUGGGAAGAGAUCGCAGACCGACGAUUUGAGCUACUGAAGAAUGUCGUUGGGCGAGUUGGCGAGGGCACGUUCAUCGAGCCGCCCUUCUUGCCGGAUUACGGGUGUAAUAUUGUUAUUGGGAGGGAGUGCUUUGUGAAUUUCAACUUUACGGCCCUGGACACGAGCUUGAUUGUCAUUGGUGAUCGUGUCCAGUUCGGACCGAAUGUCUCCAUCUACACGGCGGGUCAUGACACGAGUAUUCUAUCCCGCCGCAAGUUCGUUGAGUUUGGGCAUCCCGUGUUUAUUGGGGAUGACUGCUGGAUUGGUGGGAAUGUGAUCAUCCUGCCUGGAGUGAAGAUAGGAGAAGGCUGCACGAUUGGCGCUGGGUCUGUUGUCACGAAGGAUAUCCCUCCUUUCUCGGUUGCGGUGGGGAAUCCUUGUAAGGUGCGCAAGACUAUUCAGUCUGCGGAGGAGGAGAUGGAGGACCCGAAGAAUCCGUGGAGGGAUUUGCCGGAGAAGUCGGGGUAG